ACGGAGGUUAGUGUUGUAUUUAAAUUUUCGCUCACCACAUAUUUCUUCCUUCGCAAACCACAAAUCCUAUAAUAUAAAAAAAUUUGGAAAAAUACAAUAAAAACCAAGUUAAAUUACUGAAAACGCCAUGGCUGUUACGGAUCUGAAUAAGCAAGCUGACGUCGCCGUUGAGAGCGAAGUUAAGCCCACUACCUCUGUUGAGGCUACCAAUCAACAAGAAUCUGGUGCUGUUGAAGCUGAAACUCAAAAGCCCGCUGAAGAAACUGCUUCCGGCGAUGCUUCUGCUGCCGGUACCCCUGCUACUACCACCAGCUCUUUAGCUAACCCCUCUGCUUCUGCUCCCUCCAGUGCCUCCUUGUAUGUUGGUGAACUUGACCCCAGUGUGACUGAAGCUAUGCUUUUUGAGCUCUUUAACAGUAUUGGACCCGUAGCAAGUAUUCGUGUUUGCCGUGACGCCGUUACUCGUCGCUCUUUGGGCUAUGCGUAUGUCAACUUCCACAACAUGGAAGAUGGUUCUAAGGCUUUGGACGAGCUUAACUACACCUUGAUCAAGGGGCGUCCUUGUCGUAUUAUGUGGUCUCAACGUGAUCCUUCUUUGCGUAAGAUGGGUACUGGCAACGUUUUCAUUAAAAACUUGGACCCUGCUAUUGAUAACAAGGCUUUGCACGACACUUUCUCUGCCUUCGGUAAGAUUUUGUCUUGCAAGGUUGCCGUCGAUGAGUUGAGCAACUCCAAGGGAUACGGAUUUGUUCAUUUCGACACCGUCGAAUCUGCCAACGCUGCUAUUGAGCACGUUAAUGGCAUGCUUUUGAACGACAAAAAGGUUUACGUUGGUCAUCAUGUUAGCCGCCGUGAGCGUCAAUCUAAGUUUGAACAAAUGAAGGCUAACUUCACCAAUGUCUAUGUCAAGAACCUUGAUACUGAAAUCACUGAACAAGAAUUCAGUGAUCUCUUCACUCCCUUUGGUGAAAUCACAUCUCUUUCUUUGGUUAAGGACCAAGCUGACAAGCCCCGUGGUUUUGGCUUCGUCAACUUUUCUAGCCACGAAUCUGCUGAAAGAGCUGUUGAGGAGCUUAACGAUAAGGAAAUCAAUGGCAAGAAGCUCUAUGUCGGUCGCGCUCAAAAGAAGCACGAACGUGAGGAUGAACUCCGUAGACGUUACGAGCAAAUUAAGAUGGAAAAGAUGAACAAGUACCAAGGCGUUAACCUUUUCGUCAAGAACUUGCAAGAUGAGGUUGACGAUGAGCGUCUUAAGAAUGAAUUCUCUGCUUUCGGUACCAUCACUUCCGCUAAGGUUAUGACUGAUGAACAAGGCAAGUCUAAGGGCUUCGGUUUCGUUUGCUAUACUACUCCUGAGGAGGCUAACAAGGCUGUUACUGAAAUGAACCAACGCAUGCUCGCCGGCAAGCCUUUGUAUGUUGCCCUUGCUCAACGUAAGGAGGUUCGUCGCACUCAAUUGGAAGCUCAAAUUCAAGCCCGCAACCAAUUCCGUCUUCAACAACAAGUUGCAGCUGCCGCCGGUAUCCCUGCUGUUCAGUAUGGCGGUGGCCCUCUCAUGUAUGGCCCUGGUGGUUACCCCAUCCCCGCUGCCGUUAACGGACGUGGUAUGCCUAUGGUUCCUGGUCACAAUGGCCCUAUGCCUAUGUACCCAGGAAUGCCUGCUCAAUUUCCCGCAGGUGUUGCCCCCACCUACCCUGGUAUGAGCCCUCGUGGACCCGCUCCUGUCCCCGCUCAAGGCCGUCCUAUGAUGAUGCCAGGUGGUGUUCCUCAACCUGAAGCUGCUGAAGCUGCUGUUCCUAGCAUGCCUGAAAGAUUCACUGCUGCCGACUUGGCUGCUGUUCCUGAGGAGAACAGAAAGCAAGUUCUUGGUGAAUUGCUCUACCCCAAGAUCUUCAUGCGUGAAGAGAAACUUGCUGGUAAGAUUACUGGUAUGCUUUUGGAAAUGCAAGAUUCCGAGUUGUUGGAACUUCUUGAGGAAGAUGCUGCUCUUAACGAGCGUAUUGAUGAGGCCCUCAAUGUCUUACGCGAAUUUGCCGACGAGGAGCCCGCUGGUGAGCAAUAAAGUAGUUCGAUUAAUGGAUCUUAUACUUUGUAAGAAUUGAAAUUCGGGUUAAAAGCCUGUAGGAAUUUAGUAUAAUCUAUCUUAACGUUGGGUGUUUAUUCGUUUAACAAGGGAAAUUGUUUUGCAUUUUAUGUAUGUGCGGUGAUUGAUUUGAAUUCCGUGAAAGAAGAUUCUUUAAAUGCAGAAUCCGGUUGGAUAAUACAAUAAACUUAUAAAAAAAAAUAAAAAAAAUAAAGGUAUGGUAUGACUUCGUAGAUAAGCCCAUAUUUCGUCUGCUUAAAUUUGGUAAAUCUGAUACAUAUUUGUGUAGCUAGAAAACAUUGAGGGUUUAUUUUAUUCUUUGAGUUAAUGGUGAUGGUCUCUAAUACUAUACAGUAAUAGGAAGGAGUCGCCGAUGCCAACGUACUAUGAAAGUCUUCAAAGUAUAAAUGGAGGCCUUACUUUUGACAAUUAUAUUAGACAAUUGGAACUGUGAGAACUCCUACAUUCAAUAUAUGAUUGUCCUAACGUGCAAGUUUGUCGAAGCAUUUUAGGAUUUCGAGUUUCAAUAUUAGUAUUUCUUCUGAUAAUAUAUGCCUUGAUUUUCACAGCUCAUGUAGCAAAGUUUGCGAUGAUUUCUCAUGUAU